UCAGCAGAGCGACGGGCCCGGAAGGAAGUCGCGUGGGGAGGGGUGUGGCGGUUUCUGCGGUUGCCCGGGGGGUUCGGACCUGUACGGAACGCCCGGAGGGACAGCCCGGGUCCAAGUUCACUGAUGGCUCAGUUAGGAGCAGUUGUAGCUGUGGCUUCCAGUUUCUUUUGUGCAUCUCUCUUUUCAGCUGUGCACAAGAUAGAGGAGGGACAUAUUGGUGUCUAUUACAGGGGUGGAGCCCUGCUGACUUCCACCAGCGGCCCGGGUUUCCAUCUCAUGCUCCCAUUCAUCACAUCAUAUAAAUCUGUACAGACUACACUCCAAACAGAUGAGGUGAAGAAUGUACCUUGUGGGACCAGUGGUGGUGUGAUGAUCUACUUUGACAGAAUUGAAGUGGUGAAUUUCCUGGUCCCAAAUGCAGUGUAUGACAUAGUGAAGAACUAUACUGCUGACUAUGACAAGGCUCUCAUCUUCAACAAGAUCCACCACGAGCUGAACCAGUUCUGCAGUGUGCAUACGCUUCAAGAGGUCUACAUCGAGCUGUUUGAUCAGAUUGAUGAAAAUCUCAAACUGGCUUUGCAACAGGACCUGACUUCCAUGGCCCCUGGCCUUGUUAUCCAAGCUGUGAGAGUGACAAAGCCCAAUAUACCUGAGGCAAUCCGCAGGAACUAUGAGUUGAUGGAAAGCGAGAAGACAAAGCUGCUCAUUGCAGCCCAGAAACAGAAGGUGGUGGAGAAGGAGGCUGAGACAGAGCGGAAGAAGGCCCUCAUUGAGGCAGAAAAAGUGGCUCAGGUUGCAGAAAUUACCUAUGGGCAGAAGGUGAUGGAGAAAGAAACUGAGAAGAAGAUUUCAGAAAUUGAAGAUGCUGCAUUUCUGGCCCGGGAGAAGGCAAAAGCUGAUGCCGAGUGCUACACUGCGCUGAAAACAGCUGAAGCAAACAAGCUGAAGCUGACCCCAGAAUAUCUACAGCUGAUGAAGUACAAGGCCAUUGCUUCCAACAGCAAGAUUUACUUCGGCAAGGAUAUCCCCAACAUGUUCAUGGACUCCGCAGGCGGUCUCGGCAAACAGUUUGAGGGGCUAGCUGACAACCUGGGCCUCGGCUUAGAAGAUGAGCCCCUGGAAGCCACCACCACCGAGAAAGAGAAUUGAAAAAAUAAUAUUUUAUACAACCACAGAUUGUGACACUUAGAGAGAUCUCUAUUUUUUAAGAUGAAACAAUGCUCAAUGCUCCUUCCUCCUACACUACGUUCCUUGACUCUAAGACACUGUGGUAAGAGAAGAAAUGGACUUAAAUCUGCCCACCUUAUGGGAAAGGAGGGCGGGAUGGAUGAGUUGGGUUUUAUUCAGGUGAGUAGGGUCUAUGACUUCAGAUGUGUCAACCAUGAAUUUGACCUCUGUCCUGCAGGCACCAGUUUUGCCCCUUUGCAGCUGACUUUAAUUAGGGAUGCUGUCCUGAGGAGGGGAGGAACUGCCGGGUGCUGCUGCCAGGUGCUUUGAUUUCCCUUAUUUGGGAAAAUGCAGUCUACCAUUCUCCCUUUGCCUCCAAAGGGGGAGGUGUCUGGGCAAGGUUCACAUCUGAGCACAUAGGAAUUGUCAGCAGCUAGAGAGAAUGUGGACUCGCAGGUGUGUUUGUCAAAGCCUUGUAAGUGAAGUUAAAGGCAAGCCUUCGGGAGCCCUCGUGAGGAAGAACCUGGUGCUAGGUUUUGCAAGGUUUUCUAUACACUACGUUCCUUAUGCUAGGACACAGAGAGUUACUUCUGACUACUUCUCCAAAGUCAGGGCUUGGUUGCCACCACACAGUUCUUUAUACAUGUCUCACCUAAUCUGGGGCUUUUUUUUUCUUUCUGGAAUAAUCUUUCAGCAUUAAGAUAGGAACAAUCAAAUGUUUUACUAACUGCUAAAAUGGGAUCAUUGGACCUAUUAACCAGUUGUAGUAGCACCUGCCUGGAAAACUGAAUGUACCUGAAGUAGCAUCUUUAUUGUUAUGGAAAAUCUACCUUGAAGAUCUUUGGUAGUGUCUUGGGAAGGAAGAAGGGUCAGCCAUGGCUGACUCUAUGAUUCGUGUGAGUUACCCAGGGAGGUGCAGGAUGGGAAGAACAAAAAUGAAAGAAAUGCUAUUCUUACAUCCUGAAAUUGGGGUUAGGAAUAAGGAUCCCACCUGAACAGCCCAUGAGUGGUGUGCAGAAUGUGAAGUGAAAGGCAGCUAUCUGCAGUUAGUUUGCAGUGUGUGAUCUUGAUCAGCUCUGGUGUAGGAUUAGGCCCUGUUAUUAGCUGCCCCAUGUUCACCCUAAAAACAGCAAACACAAAAACACCAAUUAUUUCCCUCUUGCCUAGUGCUGUGAAUGAUACUUUCUGACAUUAGUUCCCACCUCGUUUUAGGUCUCGUAGCUCAGGCCAGCUUGUUCAUAAUGGCACCAGACUUAACCAGGAAUUUGGGUAGCAUUCAGCUUGCCUAGGAGGAUAUAAAGUGUUAACUCCCCUUCUUUAAAUGUUGCCCUUCUCUGUUCUAAUUCCUGACACUAAAAAGUCUCAAAGUAGACAAAUGGUCUGGGUCAUUCUUUGUACAGGCAGCAAAGAAUGGAUGGAUUUUAAUAUGUUGAAGUGUUCUUGUAAGUGGAGAUUUGUCUUCCCAAGCCCAGCAUAGGGCACCAUUAUUAAAAUGCAUUCAUCUUCCUCCCAUUUCAAUGCUGUUAGCCACCUGACAGGAGCAUUUUGGCACACAUAGCAUCUCCCCUUCCUAUACAUGUCUUUUCCCGGUACUCUGAGCUCUUGCUGCCUACACCUUAGAAAACAUCAGUCUACUACAGUUGAUUCAGAAGUGGAACAUCUCAGCCUCUAUGAAUAGCAAGCACAUUCUCAAGUUCUUAACUGGAAAGUCUCCCACAUUAAUGUCCUCUGAUAGCUUGUCCUUUGGCCACAAAAGAGUCUAGUUAAAGUCCUGCAACUGCUCCCCCAUGUUAAUGUCACUUCCUCUUUCAACAAAAGAUAGGCAUGUUCUCAUGCCCACCAACAUAAAUCCAGUGGUUAUAGGUUCCUGUCAGCAGUAAAAUCAUGGAAGUCAGCUGUCUCCUUAGCAUGGGAUAACUAACCCAUAUGUCUAUGUGACUUUGUUUUUGGGCUUUCUUUUCAUUUACUAGAAAAUCUGAUCUUAAGACAUUGAAAUUCUAAACAUGUAGUAAAAUGUGAUGUCUACAGUUUUGUAGGCAAUUAAGUCAUGGCUGCUAUUUAUAAGUGAAACUUCUAUCAAAAUAAGUAACUUUAUAAAACGCAGUUUUUAUAGGAUUUUCCUAGGAAUUAACCUUGGUGUAAUGUUUCUCAUUAAACUUGGGAGAAGUAAUUCAUAUUCAAUACUGUUUUUAAUUAAUUUUUAAAAUACAAGAACAGAAUUUAAGGAAGCCAAAGUUUGUUAAUUGCUUUUAUAUAACUAAAAUAGAUUUGGAGGGAUCUGUGAUCACAUUAAGUUGAGGAGAGAAUCAUUGAAUGAAGCCUAGCAAUAUAUUGAUAAAAAAAAAAUUUUACAAAUGAUCUCUAACAGUUUUUGUUAGUCUGUGUAUCCUGUCAACACAUAAUCUCACCAUUUAGAUACAGCAAAUAGUAAAAAGUAAAAUAAGCAUUAUUUACCAACCUUUUGUCCAUUUCAGUUUGAUGAUAAGCUGCAUCUGGACAAAUAGCUACUCUUAGGAAGUUAAUCACAACUUCUCCAUCCUGUUCAAUAGAUUUCAAGCCUCAGUUUUUGUUUUCUUAUAAAAGUGAUAAUAGGCAGUCCUACUGUGUUUUUUCUGUUCCUUUUCUUCUCUGCUUUAGUUUAAGCUGAUGAUUGUAUAGUCAAAGUAAUUUUUUCAGAGUCCCAAGGGUUUAAUGACCCUCUUUGUAGCUGAGAAAUAGCUCUUGUUAUAUUAAUCUUUCUACAAAUAAUACUGCUGGAUUAAUUGACAUGGGUUGACAGCUGGGAGAAUUGUUUGGGACAACGCAAAAGGUCUCAUGUGAAUUUAUAUCUUAAGUUUUAUUUUCAGUCUUGUUAAAUAAAAUGAGUCUCUGUGUUUA